CCGGGUGUACGGUGGAUCAUCGCCGCAAAAAAAAGAAUAGCCCCCCACACAACGGAAGUCAAUCAUAGCUCGCAGGGCGCCGCCGUGUCCGUGUAGUGUCCCGUGAUGGAGGGAUUGAAAGACAAGGAUCGUGAGCCGUGCCCCCGGCAGAAGGCAAACGUUUUGUCGUACGCCGUGUUCGGCUGGACGAUACCGAUCUUCCUGAAGGGCUACCGAAAAGAACUCACCACCGAAGACCUGUACCAACCGCUGAAGGAUCACAAAUCGGACGGACUCGGGAAUCGGCUCUGCACAGCAUGGGAAGCGGAACUGAGCAAGGCACGGGCGAGCGGCAAAGAGCCGAACUUGUUGCGGGCCGGUAGCAGGGUGUUCGGUUGGAAUGUGGCCAACCUCGGUUUGAUGCUGUUUGCAAUGGAGAUGCUAGUGACGCAACCCUUCUUUCUGGGCAAACUGGUGGCGUACUACUCGCGCCAGCAAGAUAACGACAUCAGCGAAGCCUAUCUGUACGCGGCAGCCGUCGUGCUGUGCAGUGCCAUCAACGUGCUUUUCAUUCACCCGUACAUGCUCUCGCAGCUCCACCUCGGCAUGAAGCUGCGUGUGGCCGCGUGCAGUAUGAUCUACCGGAAGUCGCUGCGAUUAAGCAAAACUGCCCUCGGUGACACGACGGCCGGUCAGGUGGUGAAUCUCCUAUCUAAUGACGUCGGCCGCCUCGAUCUUGCCGUCCUCUUUCUGCACUACCUAUGGUUGGGGCCACUCGAGACGAUCGUUGUGACGUACCUGAUGUACCGCGAGAUUGGAGUUUCCGCAAUCUUCGGGGUGAUCUUUCUACUUAUGUUCAUCCCGCUGCAGGCGUACCUGGGAAAGAAAACGUCCGUCCUUCGGUUGCGCACGGCGCUGCGGACGGACGAGCGCGUUCGGUUGAUGAACGAAAUCAUCCAGGGCAUUCAGGUGAUCAAGAUGUACACCUGGGAGAAACCGUUCGCCGGGUUGGUAGCGAUGGCUCGCAAGAAGGAGAUCAAAGUGAUACGCUACGUGUCCUACAUCCGGGGCAUUCUGCUUUCGUUCAUCAUGUUCACCACGCGCGUCUCCAUCUUCAUCAGUCUCGUGGCGUAUGCACUGCUGGGUGAGGUUGUGACCGCAGAGAAAGCGUUCGCGAUCACGGCGUACUACAACAUCCUGCGCGCCACGAUGACCAUCUUCUUCCCGCAGGGCAUUGCCCAGUUUGCGGAGGCGCUCGUGUCCGUGCGGCGCAUCCAGAAGUUCAUGCAGUACGAAGAAAUCGAAACGGUCAGCGGUGUCUCGAUGGUGACGCCCGACGAACGGCACGAUAACGUGUCUUCCAGUGUGUCGACGGAAGGGCUCCCGUCCGAGAAGGGUGUGGCCCUUCCGAACAGCCGGCUAAUCAAACACUCCGAAUCGGACGGGUUGAAAGAGGAGUCCGGUGCUGGCGAUGAUGCGGUCAGCAAUAACCACCUGUCGGAGGCGGGCGUUCAGGUGGAGAAAGCAGUGGCCCGUUGGGACCCGAAAGCGACCGAACUGACGCUCGAUGGCGUCGAUCUGCAUGUGCAGCCCGGUACGCUGGUGGCCGUCAUUGGUCCGGUUGGAUCGGGCAAAUCGAGCCUCAUCCAUGCCAUUCUCGGCGAGUUGCCCCUGGAAUCGGGCAACAUUCGGGUGAACGGUCGGGUGUCGUAUGGUUCGCAGGAACCGUGGCUGUUUUCGGGCACCGUGAGGCAAAACAUUCUAUUCGGGCUGCCGAUGGAUCGCGAACGGUACCGGCGCGUGGUGAAGACUUGUGCUCUCGAGCGUGACUUUCACCUGUUCCCCAACGGGGACAAAACCAUCGUCGGUGAGCGCGGAGUUUCGCUGUCCGGCGGCCAGAAGGCACGCAUUAGCCUGGCCCGGGCCGUCUAUCGGCGGGCCGAGGUGUACCUGCUCGACGAUCCACUGAGCGCCGUGGACUCGCACGUUGGCCGCCACCUGUUCGAUCACUGUAUGCGUGACUAUCUGCGUGGCCGGAUCGUGAUCCUGGUGACGCAUCAGCUGCAGUACCUGCAGAACGCGGACCAGAUCGUGGUUCUGAAGCACGGACGGGUGGAAGCGGUCGGUACGUACGAUAAGCUGCGCGACAGUGGUCACGACUUUGCCCAGCUGCUGGCGGCACCGUCGGGCAGGGAGGACGACAGCACCGACACGGAAUCGUUCAAACGGUCCGGUAGUUUGUUCCGCCGGCAGAACAGUGAAUCGAGCGUCGACUCGAAUGGUCCCGAGGCUGACGCUCCGGAAGCGAAAGCGAUCGGGGAAAAGCAGAAAGAAGGUUCGAUCGGGUGGGACGUGUACCGGGCGUACUUUCGGGCGAGCGGUGGCUACUUCGUGGUGUUGACCAUUCUGUUCAUGUUCCUCCUGUCGCAACUCUGCGCUUCCGGCGGGGAUUACUUUCUGACGUACUGGGUUAACAAAGUGGAAGAAAGUCCCGAGUCGGUGGACAAUUCUGCGGGAGGUGAAGGACUCUCCUUACUCGAUGACCUAGCUGCCAAUGGGAGCGCGCUGGUCGGGAAUGGAACUUCGCCCAAUGAUCUGUUGCCGCCAACGGAUGACGAUCGGUACAUCGACAUCUACAUUUUUACCGCCCUUACGGUGGCGACUGUGGUCAUUACGCUCGCGCGUAGUAUGUUCUUCUUCCGGACAGCAAUGAAGGCAUCCCGCAAACUGCACGAUGCCAUGUUCAAUGGCAUCACUCGAGCCACGAUGUACUUCUUCAACACGAACCCGUCCGGACGAAUUCUGAACCGCUUCUCGAAGGACAUGGGCCAGAUCGAUGAGUAUCUACCGAGCGUUACGGUGGACGUGAUCCAGAUCUUCCUCUCGCUGAUCGGUAUCGUCGUGGUGGUGGCGAUCGUUAACCCGUACAAUCUCAUCCCGACGGUCGCCAUUGGCGUCAUAUUCUACUUUAUGCGCGCAUUCUAUCUACUAUCGUCGCGCAACAUAAAACGUGUCGAGGCCAUCACACGAUCACCAAUCUACUCCCACCUAUCGGCUUCACUGUCCGGUUUGUCCACGAUCCGUGCGUUUGGCGCCGAAAAGGUUCUCGUACACGAGUUCGAUUCGCACCAGGACCUGAACAGUUCGGCCUUCUACCUGUUCAUCUCUACGUCGCGUGCGUUCGGCUUCUACCUGGAUGUGUUCUGUGUGAUCUACAUUGCGAUCGUCACGCUGACGUUCUUCAUCAGCGGUGACAGUGGCGGAAAUGUGGGGCUGGCCAUCACGCAAGCCCUCGGUAUGACCGGAAUGGUGCAGUGGGGUAUGCGGCAGUCGGCCGAGCUGGAAAACACCAUGACAUCGGUGGAGCGUGUCGUCGAGUACGACGAUGUGGACCCGGAGCCGGCACUCGUGUCGGAAGGGGAUCGCAAACCUCCGCCAGACUGGCCCGCAGAGGGUGGCGUUAAGUUCGACAAAGUGUCGCUCCGUUAUGCGCCCGAACCGGACAGUGACCGGGUGCUGCGGGAUUUAGAGUUUGAGAUUGCGCCACGCGAAAAAGUCGGUAUCGUAGGUCGGACCGGGGCGGGCAAAUCGUCCCUCAUCAAUGCACUGUUCCGGCUGUCGUACAAUGGUGGUUCGAUCGUCAUCGAUGCUCGGGAUACACAACAGAUGGGUUUGCACGAGCUGCGCGCAAAGUUGUCGAUUAUUCCGCAAGAACCGGUGCUGUUCUCGGGCACGCUGCGUUACAAUCUCGAUCCAUUCGACGAGUACCCGGACGAGAAGCUGUGGCGUGCGUUGAAAGAGGUAAAACUAGAGGAAGCGGUCAACGAACUGCCUUCGGGGCUGUCGUCGAAGAUCAACGAAGGUGGCAGCAACUUUAGUGUCGGUCAGCGGCAGCUCGUCUGCCUUGCACGGGCCAUUCUACGGGAAAACAAAAUACUGGUCAUGGACGAAGCGACUGCCAAUGUAGAUCCGCAGACGGAUCAGCUGAUUCAGCAGACGAUUCGGGAAAAGUUCAGCGACUGCACCGUGCUCACGAUAGCCCACCGGUUGAACACGGUGAUGGAUUCGGACAAGGUCCUGGUGAUGGAUGCCGGCAAGUGCGUGGAGUUUGGUACACCAUACGAACUGCUAACCACCGACGGUGGUCCCAAAGUGUUCUACGGAAUGGUGAAGCAAACGGGCAAAAGUACUUUCAACACACUUCUCAAGAUCGCCGAGGAGACUCACAAUCGGAAGCAUCAGCAGAUCAAAAAGCAGCAAGCGGAAGCAACGACUAAGUCGACGGCAACGAACUGAGGGCAGGAUUCGUGGUGGCCUGCGUUUGAGAUGGAAAUCUCGUAAAGCUCCCGUAGCUCCACUCUAACCCUGAGUUCUCGGGCAUCUCGAAGUACCUCGUGCGUGCAGUGGAGUGGCCUUAAACUUACGAAUAAGUAGUUACUGAUCUUUUCAUAGGUGUAUUGUUCAGGGAAACACAUCCAUCGUGCAUUGUUUGUUUUUGUGCAAUGAAGAUAAGGAAAAAGUUUUCUUUAACCCAUAGUUAAGCCCGCUUCUGUAUGUACGUGCAUGUUUGACGUACGUGUAUGUUAAUGUUCCACGGAGACUACUUAAGGACACUAUUUGUUGCUCUAGUACUUAAGGUGCUAAAAGUGUGUAGAAAAUGUAAUUCGAAAGAGAUUCGAAUUAAGUUUCAUUACGUAAGCGACAACAGUGCACGUGGGGUCGUUUUAUGAUGCUGUGGUUAGUGCCUUAACAUUUCACUCACCGAGCCGUCUACUCAGCAAACUACACUGCUAGCCAAGUGUUUUGGUGGAAAGUUCUAAAAGUAUUACCUUAAAAUUACUUUCGGUACUUAAAUGAAAUUGUGCGAUCCUUGAAGCAGGUGAAUAGUCGUUUUUGGUAUCUCCAGAUUUUACAAGAACUUUCCCCCUACAACGGCAGCAUUAGGAAGACAAGGGACAAUAAGUGUUCGUAGCACUCGUGUAGCAGAUGUU